GGGAACAGGAACCCUCUCUCUGCUUGAGGUACGAAAAAGUUGAGACUUUUUCAUAUAUUCACCCCUCUUCCUCCAUCUUUUCUUGCAUGGCUACACUAUCUGGCGUAUUCUAACCUCCUGCAUGCGCGUUUGCAGCAUGUCUUGUCCCCUUUCCAGUGACGUCCUCCUGUCGAUAGGAGAUUGGAUCGAGGAUCAACCAGACCGAUUGAAUCUUAUCUUUGCGUCUCGGCAGUUCCAUGACUUGUUCCUGCCCCUGUUAUAUCGACAUGCCACGUUGAAGAAUAGAAGGGGGGUGUAUGCCUUUACCAGCGCCAUUCUGCGAAGACCUGAGCUGGCUCGGUCGGUUCGCGCCCUGGACUUUCGUUGCUGGAAGCCCACUCCUGCAGAAGAGGGGAUUCCUAGCUGUGAUCGGUUCCGACAGCUGCUUGUAGGUGCAAGUCACUCAGAAGAGGAGCAGGAGAAAUGGGAAAAUGAUCUCAAGACCGGCAACGACGAAGCCUGGAUGGCUCUGCCGCUGUCAUUGCUGUGCAAUCUGCGACGAGUUGAUCUCGUCUAUCCAAAGCAGAGUCUGUAUCUGGAUCGGACCUUCCGGCGAGCUAUGGAAGGCGUGAAACCGUUCCACGCUGAGAAGCCUGUCCUGCGGUUCUUGGAAGCCGUCUCAUUGAAAAUUCUCCAUCACGACGACGACAGCAGUAACACCGACUCCUCACAGCCUGUCUUCUGCUCCUCGCAGCUCCUCCCCUUUUUCCAUUUCCCCUCCAUGCGUACCAUCUCAGCCGAUUCGGUAAUCGAGACACCGACAGAACCCGAAAAUCCGACAAUGCCAACUAGCAGAUCCACUAUAUCAGAAAUUGACCUCACCUGCAGCAAUAGCAUCCGGGGCAUGGCUUCGUUCAUUGCCCGCUGCAGCAACCUCGCCUCGUUCAAAUACCAGCACUCAGACUCGCAUCUCGAAUCCAGAGCAUACUGCCCCUCUGCAUUCUCCGAAGCUCUGUCGACAAGCAAGGGAUCGCUCGAAACGCUCUGGCUAGACAGUUUCGGCACCCACCUCCCCUUCACCAUGGCGGGCCUCAACCACACUCACGACGAAUGGCUCGGCUCCUUGGAAGGAUUUACUGCGCUGACGGAGCUGCGCGUGCGGCUGCCCAACUUGAUUGACAUUAGAUACCGCAGCGAGCCGACCAUGCCUCUAAUAGAUGUUCUUCCGGGGUCUCUGGAACGUAUCUUCAUCGAGGGCUGUGACGAGCGGAGCCUACCCAUGCUGAUCUCGCAGUUGGAGACUCUAGUCCGGCAUCGGAAAACCAAAAUGGCGAACUUGAAUCGGAUCGAGGUCGAGGGCUUCUUCCAUCAGGACCCAGAGGAUGCAGGUGAUUCCAGCGAUGCUGUCCCCGAGGGAUACCGGAUCCGGUCGCAGGUGAUAACCAUGACGGGCUCUCUACGGGAGGCUUGUGACAAGGCAGAGAUUGAGUUCUUUAUUCGGGAUCGUCUGGUGAUGGAGUCUAUGAUUUAAUGAUUGCAUUUCGAAUUUAUGGAUAGACUCAGAUAUAGACAUAGAGUCAUAGAUAUAGAAGUACUGUAGAUAGAUAUCAAGAUUAUAGCUAUGAAUGAUUACAACUUAGGUCAGAAUUAGAA